AUGACUUGCGAGCGUGUACGUCAAGUAUUGGGUGGCGUCUUUUUGCAAAACGGAACAGAAAAGGCCCUUCUCUGGUUUGUUUUCCAUCGCUGGGCAGCCUUAUUAGAUGGUCAACCAGUUGAAGACGCAGAGGUUUUCUCAGAAGGUAUCUUCGCUUUGAAAAUACAGCAGAGUAUUAUUUUCAAGAUUUCGAAGGAUAUUCUGGACCGCUGGCAACAUGUUGAGCGCGGCUCCACUAUCUGCAAAGCUCGAAAUCUCACCCUUUUGGUCCUUCCGCGUCAGAGCUUGUUGAAAUUGACGAUCAAUGUUGAAGAGUACUGGGUGAUAGCUGAAGAGCGGCUGCACCUAACUCAUGAUUUGGUGCUCCAAAGCAGUCUUUACAACCAACUUGCUCUACGUUUGAACCCUGCACUUCAGCAGCUUGUCACCUUCAUUAUCGAGGCUGGGUUCUCUGACGUCGAUUUCCGGAAUUGUCCCAUCAUUGACCAAGAAUUGCAAUAUGGAGUAACACCAAGAAUAGCCCUCGUUGACCUGGAGAAUUGUGUAUCUCCUAUGCUAGAAAGUGCAUGCUUGAAUGUUAUUUAUGAACGGGCAUUUUUCGGCCAGCGACCGUCCAUCCGUGGGCUUUUGCGAUGUGUAACACCGGCAAAUUUCGAAACCAUUUGCCUUGCUGCCAUGAGAAAAGGAGUUGACUUGCACGCUCUCGGUCCCUAUAAGCGUAUCACCAAUGAACGCUGCUUGGAGCUAGAACAGGCCUGCCAGUAUGCGAAAGUCCUCUCGGAGGAACAGGUCUUCCUCCACCUAGUCCGGCAGUUUGUCUCUUGUUUGAUGAGAUCUGUCGCGAGCACUAGUGCCAUAUGUGACAAAGUACACACUAAGCCAGUGUCCCCAAAGCGAUGGGGUUUUUGUUCUGGGGCUCCUCGUCGAUUCCAAACCCUGUGUCGGAUCACAGACGCAGAAAUGACCUUACGCGGUGUUCUCGUCUUAGAUCUGAACUCUAAGCCCGUGGCUACGGCGAUCUUGGUUGAAGGUAUUCCAAAAUAUGAGUUCAAUAGGCAGAGCGUGUCAGAAAGUAUGACUACAUUCUUCAAUAGUAAGGUGGAGGUUUCAGCGAUGCGAGAGCAGGGCGGUGUUUUAUCAUGCUACUUCUCUCGCUGCCGCAGUGCAGAGUAUGAGAUUCUGAAGUCGAACUUACGUACCUUUCUCAAAGAUUGA